GUGGUUACGACUCCAUACCAAGCGACUACUCUGCUCGACUCACGAGUGAAAACUAUCAUAGCAUCAUGGACCACUCAGUUGACAUUUGGGUUGUCGAGGUGUAUUCGGACUUGGAUGAAUAUUGUCAUAGUAUAGCGCCAGCCUGGGAUGAGGUCUCCAGUGAUCUCAAGGGGUACAUCAAAUUCGGGAGAAUCAACUCCCAUACUGAUCGAGCG